AUGGCUGGCCCGGUGAAAGCUCCUAGAAAACAAACUAAACGUCUUCGCCAGACAAAGCAGAAGUCGGUCACAUUCACAGGGUGUUGGACUUGCAGGUCUCGGAAGGUUAAAUGUGACGAGCGUCAACGAAAUGGGUGUGGAGUUUGCCAGAAAUCCGGCCUGGAAUGUGCUGGGUACGGCGUAAAUCUGUGCUGGAUGACAGAUAAAAAGCGAGAUAUUCAAGGCCUACGUCGCAGGCAGAUCAGACUAGAACAAUCCACCUCUCCGAGCAUUUCGGAUGACGAGAUCAACCGAAUUCUAUCUUCCCUUGACACAAUUUCAACACCGUCGCGCACCAUCUGUGUAGGACCCUUUGCAAUAUUCUCCAAAUCAGAAGAUGGCGAUAAUGAAGACCUUGAACCCCACGCUUCAUUGGAGAAUAGUCAUCAGACACAGGACUGUGACUCGGAGAUCACUACUAGUCAAUUCGACCCGGUCGACCUGUCCAGUGGAAUCUUUGAACUGAUUCCGAACGAUAAUGACAUUCCUCAUACAGAAAAUCUUGAAAUGGAUUUCUCCUCGAACUGGGAGUCAGUGAUAGCCAUGAUGGAUACACCAAAUUUUCCAACGUUAUCAUACCCGGAAGAAAGGUCGCUCACGAUAUAUCCAUCUCCACAUAGUGAGCUUCCAAUGCCUCUCUUCAAAGACCGCAAAACAUCCACGCUCAUGUAUCACUACAAAAACCAUGUCGCCGAGCUCCUACAACCAGUCUUCCACCCGAGAAACCCUUGGCGCACAACAUAUCUCCCAUUUGCUCUCGAGGGCUGCCCUGAUUUAUGUCUUGUCCAAAACUCGUCGCCUUCCUCAGGUGUCUCUAUUUCACUUUUUCACAGUAUAUUAUCAUCGGCUGCAUUCCACCUCCGGAACGUCACGGGUGGAUCACGAGAAUAUCACAACCUCGGUUUGCAGCACCGGGCUAAAGCCUUGCGGGCACUCAAGUUUGCACUCGUAGCACCCAAUAACUCCCACCAAUAUACUGUCUAUCUCACAGCGAUGCUCUCCUUAGUCACAAUUGAUACUAUGACGGGAGAAGAUUCAGACUUUCCAAUUCAUCUGAAGGGCUGUCGUCAGCUACAAAGACCUGACCAUGCCUCCGAUGCGCUCAAUGACUCCAGCCGGCAGGUCAGCAGUAUUUGCCAUUUUCUAAGUCUCCUGGCUCGAACGACCGCACACGAGCUAGAACCUAGACCCUGGGCAACAGAAGGUCCAUUCUUUGAGGAGCCUUACUUCCACGCUGACGACACCAACAUCCAAUACAUGUACGGGAUCACCCCAUAUCUUGGAAAUCUGUUACAAAAAACCUGUCAGGUGGCCGAGUAUCUAGCCUUCUACCAGGAUGGGGAAAUGCCAGCGAUUCUCCUCGAGGCAUGCUCGGCAUUAUACGAUGAAAUAUUUUCGUGGGACAUAGAGUCCGAGUCUUUCCAUCUCAUUACGUUGGAGGAGCCGACGAUGCUUCAGAUAAUACGUUGCCAAGCCCUAGCAUUCCAUAGCGCGAUCGCAAUCUUUUAUUAUCGAGCAAUCGAAAACUCCAGUCCAGUGGACCUCCAAGAGCGAGUAAGAGCAAUUUGGAAGAACCUCUCGCUAGCCGAAGACCUCAAAGACGCAUAUUCAUGUGGCGACAAACGCGCAGCUCCUAUGUCUUGGCCAGCAUUUAUCGCUGCAUGUGAGGCAACCGAUCGACAGCCUUGGAUUGCAUGGUGGGAGCGCGUCCAGGGUUACUCGAUGGGCAAUUUCAAAAGACAAUGGAAAGUUAUACAGGAAAUUUGGAAUAUCAUGAAUUCAGACGAGAAUGUGGUUAACUGGAGGGAUGCCCUCAAACAAUCAGGCAAGUUGGUUUUGCCUAUCUGA